AUGCCCGCCGCUAUCGUCAAACGAGGCGCCAACCUCCCGACUACCUUGGAGGCUUGCCAUCAGCGCAUCGCUCAGCUCGAGGAGACCAAUUAUAUUCAGUUCGUCACGCUUGAAAACACGCACGGCGACCUCGAAGAGGCUCGUCACUCGAUCCACCUAUGCCGGCGCCGCUAUCAGUACAAUACCCAGCACCAAGAUAUUCAGUGCUGCGAGGAGGGACACGACUCAAAUAGCGGCCCCGCAGGAACUCAGGAGGGAAGAGGUUUCGUGAGCCCGACGGGGGAUUCAACAAGCCCGAGCACCGCUACCACCGAGGGCGCAAAGACCAUGCCCUCUGCGCCGCCGGCCUCAACCGCUGACCAGCCAGCUAUAGCGGCUGCAGUGAGUGACCAGGCCGUCACGAUCAUGCCGAGCUCAUUCUACGAGGCCCCUACCACUGCCGCCUUUGUCGAGCCCGUCAAAAAACGGCCGGAGAUGGCGCCCCAAGGGUUCCAGAAGGGCCAGACCGACACCAUUGCAUCGCGCGCACGUUGGUGGCAUUAUUUGCAGCGUGCCGGAGGGAAGCUCGAGGACACGGACGUGUUCAUUAAUGCGACCUUGCACAUCAUUGCGUCGGGACGGUACAAGGCCGCCAUCAAUGAGGGCAAGGUCGAGAAGGCCCCGGCUAGAUCAUCGCCCGACUUCGAGGGCAACCCCACCGACGAGGAGCAAAUCAUCAAGUACCUCGCCGGCUGUGGCAUAUGGACCCAAGGGAGACACUACGAGGCUGCCAUUGAGCUCGCGGAGUUGCGUGGAGUCAAGGGUGCACCGACACCGGACCCUUUUGCCGACUAG